CAGUUAUCCCCCUUUCUUCGGUAUCGCCUGUACUGAUUUCUCUCCACGCCCGUUCCUUCGUCUCAUGGUCAAGAGCGUGAGAUAAUAAAAACCUCGAACUGAAGCCCCAGUGGUCAUUUAGGAGCAGUGCAAUAUCCAGUUGUGUGAUUUCGUAAUAACCUGGUGAGUAAGUAGCCUACAAUCUUUAAAACUCAGUAUUUCAAAUUACUUUUUACCUUACCAAUACAAUAAUUAGGUUUAGACUUUUUUUUAAAUUUGUCUUACAAUAUAACUAUACUGAUAUUACAUACUACAGGCCUAUAUUAUUAUAGAGAUUUGAACUACAAUGAUAAACCAGAAGUCAAUUUACUCACCAUAAAUGACCAGAUGUUAAUACAUUUUAUAUUUUAAUUAACUUUUCAAAUUUUAACCACCAAGCAGACACAAGUAGGUCGAAAUGAGAAAUAUAGGCUACCUCCCUGAUCUAAAAAAUGCAUCCACUGCUUUAAUAGAAAAUUCUACUUAAUGAUACAUAGUUUCCACUGGAUCCUUAGCUUUUAACAGCAACCAAAAUUAUGUCAUUUAAAAACAAAAUCUGACAUGCGAACAUUCUAAUUCCUUCAAUCCACAUGUGGAGAUUUAACGUUAUGACAUUUCAUGUGACUGACUUAUCUGCGUGCCUGUGUGACGUCACUUGCUUCGUUAGGCCUGUAUGUGCCAACAUUAAGUGGUGUUAUUAAUAUCAUAUUUUUUCUCCCAAUGCUGGUGUGCCCCAGUAGAGUUUGCCUUCUGCCUUACCUUUUUUUUUUUUUUUUUGCAAGUUCUGUUUUAACAUUUUGUGAACACCACAAUACGUGCAAAUAUUUGUUUCAUAGCGAAAUUCUACACCACAAUACUUUCAAAUAUUUUAAUCAUAACGCAUUUCUGCAUCUCCCAAUGCUGGUGUGCCCCAGUAGAGUUUGCCUUCUGCCUUACCUUUUUUUUUUUUUUUUUGCAAGUUCUGUCUUAACAUUUUGUGAACACCACAAUACGUGCAAAUAUUUGUUUCAUAGCGAAAUUCUACACCACAAUACUUUCAAAUAUUUUAAUCAUAACGCAUUUCUGCAUCACAAUACGUGCAAAUAUUUGAUUCAUAACGCAUUUCUACAUCAUCAUCACAAUACGUGCAAAUAUUUGAUUCAAGAUACAUUUAAACACCACAAUACUAGUGUUUGUUACUAUAGUCGAAUGCAGAGAACAAUUACGCACAAUGAAAGAGUGGCAAUCCAGUAGAUGUAUUCUUUGCUUAAAUCCAUUAGCUGAUGGUGACAAGCUGUUUUCUUACACAGUGCAUUAAAUAAUUCAUUCUGUCUAUUUCAGAGCUACGCCACCACGCGUCACAAUGAUUCUCCAGUCAGUACUAGGGGUGGCAUGUCUCGUUUUGAUCUCUGCUAAACAUAGUGAAUCAUCCAUCUUGUUCUUUAAUCCUGAAAAAGAAGUUCAAGUAAGUUGUUUUUAUAACUAUUAAACUCUCCAACCCAUAUAAAGAUGUUUCAUCUAUUUUAGUAGUGGACUACAUCUUGUAGGCUACAUAUUUUUUAAGUAGGCCCCUAAAAGCGGAGCCCUGGAGUGGGCCCUAUAACUCCUGUUGCUGCAGGGGACCUCUAAUAUUGUAAGGGCCCAAAUUUGUGAUGUAAAAAUUUAUGUUAACUAUCAGCUUUGAAUUGAGCGGGGAAACAAAACCAAAAAAUUAUCAGGAGGCCUCAUAAAGUCAUGUAACGGCUCUGCUAAAAGUCUCUAAACCAAAAUAUGCACUCAUGUUUUAUUUGUAAACUGGUUGUGUUGAAAUAAAGUCAUAAAAUAUUCUAUAAUAGUAUCUAAUGUAAUUUAAAUAUACAUUAUUGCCUCUAUUAGACAUUUGUAUCAGAUAAGGGUAAGGGAGCAGAGCUGAUGUCCCUUGUUCUUGUCCCUGUCGUUUGGCUCUUUUAAUUAGGAAAAAAGCUGUGAAAAAGAAAUGUAUGUAAAUAAAUAGGAAACAUAAGCCCAAUCCAUUGAAUUAACCUAUCCCCAAAUAGUACUUUUUUCUCCUAUGUGUCAACCACUAAUUAUUAGUGGCUAUGACGUAAAAAAAAAUGAAAGAUAUUAUUUUACAAAAAUUGUAUAAACAAAUAAAGCUUAUAAAUCAUUAUUGGGCUAACAUUGAAGUAACAAUCACCCAGGGGAAACAAUGCAAGGCUUUAAUUUCAUAACCCAUGAAGAAUUAAAUAUGUUUACACUUUAUUCCAAUUGGAAAAAUACUUUAAAGUACUUUAUAAACUUUGACUCUAUGAUGGAUCAAGCAUUAUUCAAAAAAAUAAUGAAUUAAAAUCAUGUAUUACAAAUUAAACAUUGUUUGCAUCUUAAGAAAGUUAUUGCACUAUCAUUCUUUAUCACUUGAAAUUCUUUUUGCAGGUAAAAGAUGCACUUGAUAGUAAAAUAUAUUUGUUUGCUGCUGAUGGAAAGAAGAAACCUUAUAGUUUCAUGUGAGUUAAAGCAAAUUUACUUCACAUUUGUACUUUUUCUCUAUUUUAAAUUUGCAUGACCCAAUUUAUAUGUUUUCAAGUUGCACGACCCAAUGUAUUUGUGUUUUCAUGCCAAUGCAAUUUAUUAUGUAAAUCGCUCUUUCAAAAUCUUUAAUAGUAGGCCCAUUCAUAGAAUUAAUCUAAUCAUCAGAUGUUAAGUUUUGGUGUGAUUCAAAGUUUUUGUUUCAUAGCCAGCCUAUAUUUAAUCCAAUGAAAUAAAAGUAACUUAGAGCAUAAUCCAGAAGAAACACAGAGACAAAAGCCUACGUGAAAAUCAAGCUCUAAACUUUAUAAAAAAUUUCAUAACAAAUUAAAAAUAACAAGUCAUUUAAUUGCUCUUACCUCAAAAAAUUUUGAAAUUCAAACUGAAAGACGCUGUUAAUACUUCCACAGAAAUGAGUUUGGAACUUUAGUUGGUUUUGAUGUUGAGGUUGUAAAUAAAGGUAAGUGCAAGAAAAUUUGAAUGUAACAUUUCGGUUGCCUUAAUCUCUUCAAUUUAAAUCUUGCUUUGAUUUUUUUUCAUCUUAGUUCAAUUAAAGAUUUCCACAACAAAAACAAAAAAUUAGAAUAACUGUCAAGAAAUGUAUUCAGUUUGGAAACUUCAUAUUCAGCCAACAUCUGACCAUCUUUUUGUUUUGUGUCCCAAAGGUAUUUUCAUGACAUUUAAAACGUAACUAUUCAUUUCUCUCAGUGUGUAACCUGGUAGGAAAGAAGUGCCACACUGUCCUUGCUGAAUUUACUGAAUGUAUUUUUACAGACAGGUCCAUUGACUAUGCGGGUAGAGGUAUGAUUGUCAGUUCUGUCUUUUCUCAGUUUCAUCAAAUGUUUCUAACAGUGUAGUUUUUUUAAAAUUAUUUAUGGAACACUUUUAAAAUAUUUUUAAUCACAUAAAUUCAUUCAUUAAUUAAGACUCAACAAUUUUGUUAGCACAAAGAGAGCUUCAGAAUUUCAUACUUCAUAAAAUCAUUGGUCCAAGUGUAAAAAUGCAGUGUCAGAUCAAUUUAAAAUUCUCUUAUGAUUUUGAGAAGUUACUACAUGUUUAAAAGGGGAUAUUUAUAUUAAGAUAGCAAUGGCACUUAACUUUGUCACAAAUUAUAGUUCUGGCAUGGCACAUACGUCAAAAAUAUCUUAUUAAAAUUAUCCAGCUCCCCAAUCUCAGUCGUCAUCCUGCAGUUUCAUCUUCCUACACUGUUUGUUGUUUUUACAUUUUUUGUAUUUGAAAUAGUUGUCAAGUUUUUAUAAUUUUUUCAGGUUUGAUGGCAAAUUGGUUUGAUGGAUGUCCUGGAUAUGAAAUAACAACUGACCGACAGAAUGAAUUUGAUUUUACCUCACCUUAUUUAGACAGCACUGCAUCUUUUACUGUUGCCCCUGGGAAUCCAUCAAGAUUUAACCCUGACAGUAAUGACUAUUCAAAAUUUACAAUUUGUAAGUGAAUUUAAUGAAUUUUAAUUAAAUGAAUUAGGAUCAUUAUUUAUUAAUGUAUAUAUUUAUUUAUGUAUUCAUUGAUGUAUUCUUAUAGGUAUUCAUUUAUGUAGGCUAUCCAUUAAAGCAUUUGUGCCUUAUAAUGUGUAAAUUCCUGAUGCUUUUUUAAAAUUUUCUAGAAUAGAAACAUACAUCAUUAUAGAAUCUAGAAGAUAAAGUUAAUUAUAUCUACUAAUCCGAUGCUUUAAAAUUAAUUUGUGCAUUUUUUGUGUGUAAAAAACUUGAUCUAAAAAAAGAAUAUAUCAAUAUUAAUUAACCAAUUUUAGAUUUUAAUUUCAAUUAACAUCUUAAAUGUUGUGUGUAAAAUAUUUUACAUUUCCUUCCUGUGACUUUGAAUAUUUUUUUUAAUAGCAUGAAAAUAUCUGAUCACUUUAUAGUUCAGUCCAUUUGAUACAAUAACAUUUUGUACACAGUACAAUCAAAUUAUGAAUAUUUUAUUUUAUUUUUCAGUACAUUUAACUGGUGCCCCAACAAAUGAGCCUUGUUUGCGCCGACUUCACAAGAAAUAUGGACAAAUUCUGGUGGCACAAGACUUACCUGAAGCAAAGGCUCUCUUAUUAAAUAGAACUGUAAGUCUUUAUUAUAUAGACCAGUAACAGUUUGGCUUCAUAACUUUGGACCUGAGUAAAACUAAAACAUAUUAAAGAUAGGCCUAUAAAUUGUCAGUGUUAUCAAGGUAUUUACAUUUUAUAACUUUAAAAGAAUCCGUGGUUCACUGUGUAUGUAGUAGACUAAGAAAAUUAGGAUAAUUAUUAUGUUACAUUUUAAAGAAAAACACAUUUCUUUAUUAAAAAAUAAUAUAAACUGAUAAUAGUGAUAAGCAAAAAUUUACAAAGAUAAAACUUAAUGAUAGCUGAUUCAUGACUAUUUUCAGAAUUACAUGAACAUUUUUUUAGUCAAUGCUAAUAAUAUAUUGCAAUAUUUUACUUUAAAAAUUAUUGUAAUAAUUGGGGAAAAUCCACCAUAAGUAUAUCAAAAGAUUUAGCUGUGAUGUUGUUAAAAGAAUUUGAAGUAAAAAUAUAUUAAAUUAUGCAAUACUCUUUCGAUAAUUAUACAUUAGCUAUUUAUUUACUUCCAGGCUGAUGUCCUUUUUUCCCCAAGAAUGAAAAUUGAUGGCUUGCAGGUUCUGCCUCAGAGAGUUCGAUGUGAUAUUGGUGGUGCUGGCAUUAUGUUAAAAAAAGGCAGCACCGUACCAACAUGGUGGAAUCCUGCAUUCCAAACUUUCUAUCUUUCUGGAGAAUACACUAAACUUUGCACUGAUUCUUCUAAAAAAUAUGGAGGUGAGUUGAGUGUUGUCAUUUGAGUUCAAACUAUCUUGUUGUUUUUAUUUUUAAAACUUCAUAGAACAUAAGUAAUAUUUUAAGAAAAAAUUUGAAAGAUUUCAUUUUUAAAUCUAUAAAUACAAUGAAUAAUUCAAUGAAUCAAAAGUUUUUUUUUAACUUGAUUAUUUCAGCCCCAAUAAAUUGUCUUCCCCCACCCCAAGAGGCUAAUCCAGAACUACUUGCACUUAUAAAUGCACAGCAGCCAUCAGAUGUAUGGAUCAUUCCAAUUUAAACCUUUUUAUUUCAAUUAUUAAAUGUAUAUAUAUUUAAAUUAUCGUUGAAGUUAAAUAUCUCUGUAAAAUAAAACGUUUUUAAAAAAAAUUAUUAGGCAAAAAAUUUAUUAUCUCUAUUAAACUUAAGGUGAUAGAUGUAGGUCCAAAUAUUCUUAUUGCUCAUAAAACAUUUAAAAACUUGAAAAAUGUUCACAUUAAUUUAGACCUAAUUGAUGAAUAGCUUAUUAUCAAUAAUCUAAAUUUGUUCAAGCUAUGAGAAAGAAGGGCAUAUUAUAUUUUUACUUUUAACUUGUUUCAAUUAGGUGCCAGACAAAUUAUGGAAAUUUGUUGUGAGUGGAAGAAUUGCACCUUACAGUUAUUUGUGAGUUUUAAAUUUCAUUUAAAUAAGAAUAAUUAAAAGUGUAGAUCAGUUAUGAGCCCAACAUGCUUUGUUUUGAUGGAAAUUGUAGACACAGUAACAUGGUCAGCAGCUUUACAAUGUAAUAUUGAAUUUUAAGAUUCUAGAUUCUUAAAUAUAAAAAUUCUUUUAGAAGCCAAUUGCUUACAUCCUUUACCAAUCUGCUGUGAUAUAUAAAUAAAUAUCUUCUCUCCUAUUUAGAGAUGAACAAGGACGAUUAGUUGGAUUUACAAAGGAUAUGUUGGAAACAGGUUUGUUAAAAAUUUAAAGAUUCAUUAAGAUGUAUUUGUAAUCAGCUUCUAUGCUUUGUGUACUUAGAUUUUAUCACCCAUAACUAGCGUUAACAUUUAUUUAUCAGUAAUUUAUAUUUAAUAUGAAAUUGUAUUAAGUGUAACAAAUAAUAAUUGGAAAUAGAUCUUAAAUGUUUUUAAAUUUUAAAAAUUUAAAUUUAAAUUUAAAUUUUAGAUCAAUUUGUUUUGAAAAUUCAUAAGAUUGAAUCACAGUUCAUGAAUAGCUGAGUUUUUAUAAAGUAGGUCUACAUUUAUGUUAGAUAAGAAUUUGGCCUUUUAUUACUUUUAUCAAAGAUAAAAUUAAAAGCUACCUUAACUGCCUUAAAAUUAUCAUGCAAAUUAACAAGAAUAUCAUUAACUUACUAGAGAAAAGCUUUCUUAUGACAGAAGACAGACUAUAAUAAUGUGCACUGUACAUAGAUAUAAAAUUGAAAGACUAUAACAAUGCUAGUCAUUUGUAAAACAAAUGCAUUUGAGAGCCGUCUUUCUGUUAUUGUCUCUUACCAAAUAGCGGAAUGAUUGAUAUUUACACACUAAUAAAUUUGAUUCAAAAUAGAUGUUUAUUUGUAUAAAAAUGUACUGUUCAAUUAUUCUAAUUUUUGUCUGCAUUUAGUAUGUCAGAAAGCAGGUAAAGCUUGCACAUUGCUGCUUGCAGAAGUAUCAGAGUGCACUGUACGAAAAGGAGAGCUUCUUUAUCCAGGAAGAGGUAGGCCUAAGACAAUAGGCAAAAUCAUGUACAUUUUUUAUUUCAGACAUUUUUCUCUCAAUAAUUAGUUUUUAACCAUUUUAUUACUGAUAGCAAAUUAAAAUAGAUAAGAAGUAACGAUAAACUAAUUAUAUAAAAAUUGAUUUAUACAUUUGUGAUUAAACUGUGUAGCUAGAAGAUCAAAGAAUCAUUACAUUUUUGAGUUCAGGUCUCAUGGAGGGUUGGUUUGAUGCUUGCACUGGCUACUUUGACACCUUUGACAGAGAAAACAGCUGGGACUUUUCUUCCCCUUACCUCGUGUCCUAUGGAUCAUUCUUUGUAGCUGCUGGUAACCCAAGUGGUUUCAAUCCCGAUGCUGCUGACUACUCUUUAUAUACCAUAGGUAACAUUAUGAGUAUUCCUUAUAUACCAUAGGCAACACUCGGUCAACUACAUUUGCAAUAUUUAAAAAAAAAACAUUUAUCCAUGAUAUUAAUUAAAAAAUUAUAAUUGUAAUUCCUACAAUAUUUAAUUUUCAAUCGUUUUAAAUGUUAUUUUAAUGGCAAACUACAAACUAAAUGCUUACACACUAUAUGAACAAAUAACAAUGACAAUAGAAAGAAAAAACUGAAGGAAGGGAGUGAGAUGAUAUUAUCUUCACAGAAAGUCACCAAAGAAGAGGUCGUGCCUCUCUCAGCAUAUAAAAUAAGUUUUUUACUACCAUAUUGUCUAUAAAUUAUUCCAUUAUGUUUUAUACUUUUAAAAAAAUGCUUUUAAUGAAGAAAUAAUUUGAAUGUAACUUUAAAAAAAAAGUCUUUCAAUGAAGAAAUAAUUUGAAUGUCACUUAAAAAAAAAGGCUUUUAAUAAAGAAAUAAUUUGAAUGUAACUUUAAAAAAAAAGAUUUAAUGAAGAAAUAAUUUGAAUGUAACUUUAAAAAAGGCUUUUAAUGAAGAAAUAAUUUGAAUGUAACUGCAAUUUAAAGCAAUUAAUGUGUUUUUUUGUUUUUUUUCAUGAACAGUCUAUACCGAGACUGCAAUCACAAAUGCUCAUUGUCUGAACAGACUUCACAAAAGGUACAGCAGACUUCUUGUUGUACCUGACAGACCAGAUGCCAUUGCAAUGCUCCUGAAUGGGACUGUAAGAAAAAUGAUUUAUUUUGUUUAUUCUGAAAUAUCAUUUUAAAAAAACCUAAUAAUAAUUAAAUGCUAUAAAAUAUUUACCUUUUGGGAGGUGAAUUUGAAAGAAUUACAUUUUUAGAUGAGCACUGUCUCUGGUCUGUUAACUUAAGGCCUACAUGAAUUCAUAAAUUAUAAAUUUAAAUGUUCUCAGUCAACACAUUUGGAUGUAAAUAUUCUUUGUGGAUAUGAAUAAAAAUAUUUAAAUAUAAUACGAAUCUUAAGAAAACGUCAAUAAAUAUGUCCUCAGAAAAAAGAGACUUAGUAUUCCUAUUUUAAAACCAAAUUUAAAUAGCUUGACCAAAAAAAAUUUAACUAAAGGGAACGUCUUACUUUUCUCUCUCUCCUCUUAACCAUGGCUAUAAUUAUUUAAUAUUUAGUUUUGUCUAUCAAAUAAUUUGCUACUUUAAUGAACAAUAAUUGUUGAAUUUUCUUCUGCAAACUACAUUUUUUCCUUUCUUCACAGGCUGAUGCCUGGUUCACUAAAGAUGAUGGGGCACAAGGCAUAGAACGACUGCCUCAAGAACUGCACUGUGAGAAUGUAGGCACAAGCAUCAUGACCAGGAAAGGUGGAGAACUCCCAGUGUGGUGGAACAAGGCAUUUGGAGAUUUUUACUCAUCUGGAGAGUACAAUGCAUUUUGUUUAGAAAAGGGCAAGCAAUACAACAGUAAGUUUUGGCUUAUUUUGCACCAUCAAUUUUUUUCCCUCCAAAUUUGGGAAUAAUGGAAAACAUAUUCCAGCCUUAUAUUGGUCAUGACAACUAUCUACUGAGUUAUCACUAAAUAACUGACAUGGUUUUUAGCUAUUAUUUGCCUCUUUGUAUUUAAAUAUAAUACGAAUCUUAAGAAAACGUCAAUAAAUAUGUCCUCAGAAAAAAGAGACUUAGUAUUCCUAUUUUAAAACCAAAUUUAAAUAGCUUGACCAAAAAAAAUUUAACUAAAGGGAACGUCUUACUUUUAGAAUCAAUUUUGACAAAUAAAUUAAUAAUCUUUUCAGAUACAUUUCCUUGUCUACCACCACCAAAGUCUUUGGUUGGAAAUGGAAAAAGCCACCAACUGAAGGAGGGAUUUUGAGAAGGUGCAGCUUCUCAAUGAUUUAUUUUAAGGUUGAUCAUAAUGUUACAACAUCAUUAUGAACAUGUUUCCAUUCGGCAGCUUUUUUAACUUUCAUUUUUAAAAAUGAUUUAGUAAUGGAUAAACACUCUAAUACAGCGGUUCUCAGCCCUUUGGGGGUCGAACGAUCCUUUCAGAGGGGUAGUCUAAGACCAUCUGAAAAUACAUAUACUCUACAGUUAUGAAGCAGUAAGGAUUAUAAUUUUGUGUUUAGGGGCCAACAAAAACAUGAGGAACUGUGUUAAAGAAUCGCGGCAUUGAGGAGAGUUGAGAACCACUGCUCUAAUAGCUCUAUCUCAUUUAACUUUCAUUAGUAAUGUUUUUCUUUUAAAAAAGCAAAUUUUUAAAGAAUUUGUUGAGGAAGUUGUAAAAAUUGCCUGUUCUUAUCUGAGUGUUUUCUUCACUGCUGUUGAGAUUUGAUGUUGUAUGACGUUUUUGUUGAGUGACAGGAGGAUGAUAAUACCAGUUCUUGUCAUCUGAUUAAGUUCCCAUUUUAGACUGUUGGAUGCUUCUUUCAAGUUGGUUCGUGUCUCUGCUGUGUCUCAAAAUGUCUUGCAGGGUGUGUGGAGUUUCCAAAUGAUCAGCCUUAAUUAAACAUGUACGUGCAGUUUCUGCCUUCAUCAGCUGACUUGUCGUUUUUUCAGCUUGUGUAAGGCUCACUUUACAGCAAGUCUCCCUACAAAGUUUCUCUUGUCUCUUCAUGCUUUACUUCUUCAUUCAUGCUUUACAUCCUCUUCUUCAUGCAUGUGUUGAAUUGUUACUCUCUCCAUUAGACUUAUAUGGAUUGGGAGCAAAGUAUUUACUUCUUUAGUAGUUACCUCCCUUUCAAUGUUUUCUUUUUGUUUGUUCCAUAUCCACCCUCUCCCUCAAAUUCAUCUGUAAAUACUGAUUGUUUUGUAAUAAAUUUGAUUAUGAGAAGGAUAAUUCCAAAAUAAACAUUGUGUGUGUCAGUAAUACAUUUUAUGUUAGUAAUGCAUUGUUUUAAAAAUGAAUUUAUACCAAAUAAUAAACUUUUUUGAAAAGAGAAAUGGAGACUUUGAUCAUUCAGACAUAUUUUAAUACAACUUUUUGAGUUUGUGACGUAUGAAUGAAUCAGUAGUGCUGCAGGAUUUGAAAUAAUUUAUCAAAGAAAUAAAAAUUGAAAUCAAACAUUUU